AUGAAGUUAAGGAGAUGUUCCAUUGAAAAGGAUGCUAAAGCAGCUUUUGCUAACUCUGUUUCAGAAGUUACACAGAUACCUGAGAUUCUUUGGUUGCCAAAGCAGAUUAAGGAGAAGCUGAAAGAAGUUGAUCAAAAAGGUUUCCAAUUUGAUACAGAAGAUGGAGAUAGAGUUAUUCCUGGUUUUCUUGAUGCCAUAAUUGGAAUUCAAGGAGGUGAAACAAAAUCUUUCCCACAUACAUUUCCAGAUUCUUGGAAACAAGAAGAUCUACAUUCCCUUCCUUGUCAAUUUACAGUUGAAUGUAAAGAACUCUUCUGUAGAGAAUUACCAGAGAUGAAUGACUCCAUUGCUGAUAAGCUUCUUACUGGAUGCACCACUAUCGAUCAGGGAGUCAUUGUUGGAGAGCUUCGAAAGAUGAUUCAAGUUGAAAUCCCACAAUCUUUGUUUGAAGAGCAAGGAAGACAGCUUUAUGGAGCUAGACUAUUACAAAUACAGGCGAACAUGAAAAUAAAUGAAGAACAGUUGGCAAUGCUUUCGAGCCCAAACGCUGUGAGAGAGUACUUAGAAAAUCAAAGGGAGAGUAUAGAAAAUGUAAUCAAGCAGAAUCUUGCAGUUGGAGACAUUUUUAAACGCGAAAAUCUAGAGGAUUUUAGAGAUUGA